AUGUCAAAGCCAACGAACACCACCACCCCCAGCCACAUCCUCGUCCUCAUCCUCACUCUCUCCAUCACCCUCUCUCUCCUCCUCCUCGUCCUCGUCCUAACGCCCUCUUCCAUCGUAUCGAUUAACUACAGCCCAAUCUGUCCACAGUCAUCCUCAAUCCCCCAAACCCACGACCACUCCCCCCAAAAUGACCACGCCCACAACAACGAAAUCAUCCACCGCCCCUUCAACGAAGACCCCGACCUCGAACGCAUAACCCCAGACGCAACCCACCCAAACCUCGACUGGGAAACCCUCCUCAUCCCACCCACAGGAGGCACGAUCCUCGCAAAAACAACCGCCAACACCAUCCCGGACGCAGAAACCGUCGUCGAUGGCGAAGUCUACGGUAUCUCCAUGUAUAACCAGCUGCACUGUCUGCUUGUGAUCAGGGGCCUGGUGUUUCCCGAGACGUCGCAGAAGAAGGUGAAUUCGACGUCUGAGUCAAGGUUGCAUGGGGGUGGGCAUGAGCAUGGGGAUCGGGCGCAUUGGGCCCAUUGUUUUGAUUAUAUUGCGCAGGCUAUUAUAUGUGCGGCUGACGAUGCGAUCGAACAACCUAUAAUUGAGAACGGGGUCAAGACGCAUAAUAUCGAUGGAAUCGGGGCUGUUCAUCAGUGUCGUGAUGCGAGGGUGCUGUGGGAGGCUUCUAGUACCACAUGGGAGAAUCCACUUGAUAUGUCGUCGUGGAAAGGAGAGGGAGUACGUUCGUUCCUCGGUGACAAGUUCAGAGGAAAGGUGGAUCCGCACGAUAUGUCGCCUUUGUACUCGUUGGGAGUGGAGGAUCCGUGA